GCGGUGGUUAUGAGGUUCUUCCGAUGGAUUUGGCGAAAGAUUACUUGCUGGGUUUUCUUCUGGAAACAAAAAGCUAAGUCAACCUUCUUGGAACACCAUGAUUCCCAGAAAAGUGUAUUGAAGGUGGAGAAGACUCCCAAGGUGGUUGAGACUUUCAAGUUGGUUGAGCCCUGCAAAGAGGCUAAGAUUUCCAAGAUGGUGGAGUCCCCCGAGGUGGCUGAUGUCUGCGAGUUGGCCAAAGCAACAGAUAGGGCUAAGGUGGAGCCGGGUCAUAGGGCCCGAUCCCUGCUGCAGCUGCCCCGGACAGCUGUCAAGUCUGUCUCCAUGCUCAUGGUCUCGGCCCUGCAGAGCGGCUGGCAAAUGUGCAGCUGGAAGGCCCUGAGCCGUGUCAGGCUGGGAGCCAAUGUGGGCCCGGAUGUGGCGCCGCCUCCGCCUCUCCUGCCUGCGGGCCAGCUGUCGCAGUUGUCUCCGAAUGACCCACAGUAUCAGCGCGGCACCAAGCCGGCCGCCGAGCUGGGGGACCUGCGCGAUCCGCCACCUCGCUCUCCUGAGCUCCAGGUGGCGCUGGCGUGCGCGGACGCCCGAUCCGCCGAGGCUUUGCCACCGCCCUCUCGCCGCUCCUCGGCCCCAGGGCACAUCUCUGGCGACAGCAGUGUGGAAGGCCUCUUUCUCUGCCAAGUUCACUUCCUGCUGGACUACCUGGUUCCUGCUUGUGGCCCCUCCAUCCCUCUAGCCUAG